UAAGACGUAUCAGAUGUUGUUAAUCUUCUUCUAAAAUUGGUUUAAUUAUGUUUGUAAAUUGUAAGACGGGCGUUUUUCUUUCGUUUAAUGGUGAAAAUAAAUAUAAAAGGUUCAUUUGUCAUUAACGAUUUUUAUCAUCAUCGCUGCAAUAAUCUAAUCUAUGGUUAAAGGAACUUUAGUGUAGUACAUAUGGCAAUUCUCGUAACACGUUUGUAAUAUUUGAUUGUAGUAAAAUAUACCGCACGUAAUUCGUCUUGUUUGUAUUGUAAUGCUUGUCCGAGAAAACCUGAUCCGCCCAGUCUCGCUCCGUUUACCCUAUAAACUAUAUAUUUCAAAUUUAGAGACGUUCACGUUCAUAAAACAUCAACUAGCUGUUAGACCACGUGGAAAGCAUAACUGAAUCUGUACUUUUUUUAUUCCAUAUCGCUCUGGACAUACGUAUGAGGAUGACAAAUAGUAAUUCGUGUCUUGGUAUUUGCAGAACGUGGAUGGUGCUCAGUUGAAAAAUUGCGUGAAGAAUUUUUAGUCAGUUUACAAAGCACAAUUUUAGUAUUUUCUUUCUUCCUUGCAUUUUCUUCCAUAUUGUAGGCAAGUUGCAAAUGGGACAACCUUGUGUCCUGGUGAACUUCGGUGAGUGUUCGUAAAUUUAUUACUACAAAAGGCCAGUUAACCUUAAGGUAACUGGUCCUUGAAAAAGCAGCCAAAAUUUAAAAGAGUCAUAGUAAAAAUACAAUUAAUUCUCAUAACGUGAAGAUGUAAUAUUCAGGGUGUGUAAUAUACUGCACCCGUUGCGAGCUAUUUCAUCUGUCUGCACCCAUAACACACAGAUGUGACAAGAGUGGGGGCGAAUGACGGAUCGUGCUACGUCAAAUGGUCUUCUGGCCAAUUAAUGUCAAAUAGAGAAUCAGUCUGCUUCUUGCCAGAGAUGGAGACGGUGGUCCUUCCGUUGGACGUAGAAAUCAAAGAGGAAGAACUCGAAAUUGGCGCGAACAUCAUCCUAACAUCAGUUCGCCCCUCAUGGAAUUCGAAGGAAAUUCUAUUCAAGGUCUUUACAGACGGAAUAACCAACAAAUUAAUAGGAUGCUCUAUAAAGGAAAACCCUUCUGACGUUGUACUCGUGAGGGUCUAUGGAAAAAAUUCAGAUCUCUUAAUCGACAGAGAAGCUGAAAAAGAAAAUUUCAAGCUCUUACACAAGGCUGGAUUCGCUCCUAGACUAUACGCUACUUUUAAAAAUGGCCUGGCUUAUGAGUUUGUUCCAGGCAACGUUAUCAAUGUUGAUACAGUCAAAGCACCAACAAUUUAUCCUCUAAUUGCAUCUAUGAUGGCAAAAAUCCAUACAGUCCAUCGAGAUAUGAAUGCCAGUCCUUGCCUUUGGUACAAAAUUGAAAAACAACUCAAAUUAAUUCCUUCAGUCUAUACAUCAAAGAAUAAGCAACUGAUUUUUGAAGAAACAUUUCCUAACGGGAUAGAAUUUUUGUGGAAAGAGUUUGUUUUAUUAAAGUCAAUACUUUCCAAAGAAAACAGUCCAAUUGUUUUCUGUCAUAACGAUCUCCUCCUAGCUAAUAUAAUUCACCAAGGUAACAAAAUAACUUUCAUUGAUUAUGAAUAUGCGUCUUGCAAUUACCAGGCCUAUGAUAUUGGAAACCAUUUCGCUGAAUUUUCAGGUGUUACAGAAAUGGACUAUUCGCUCUUCCCUGGGGAGGACUUUCAAAGAUCCUGGUUGAGAAUAUAUUUGGAAGAAUAUUAUAAUAUUACAAGUCCAAGCAGGGUAGUUUCAGAAGAAGAUGUAUCAACUUUAUACCAACAGGUUAACAGAUUUGUCUUAGCGAGCCAUCUAUAUUGGGCAACCUGGGCGCUGGUACAAGGGCAGCAUUCUUCUAUUGAUUUCGAUUUUAUAAGAUACGGUGCGGAACGAAUGAAGGAAUACGAAAUACGAAAGAGAAAGGUUCUUUAGUGAUAAUGUGUUAAAAAGAUCCUGUGAUUUUUAUUUCUACAUUUAUUUUACUAUUUAAUGUUUGGAUUUUUAUGAACAAUUAAGCAUAAUAAUGAAAUAAUAUUAAAUGCAUUAUUGAUUAUAUAUAUAAAUUAUAUGUACAUAUUUUGUAUGUAAUUUACCUUUUGAUAAUUUGAUCCUUUUUAUAACAGAACUAUGUAUGUACAAGCAAGGAUUCAAAACUCAUUAUCUUGAGAAUAGUCUAUGUAUAUUAUAUUCUUUGUACGUGCCAGUGAUUUAUUUAUUACAGUGUUACUCAAGGAAACUUUGGACCUCCCAUUUGAUCAGAAAUUAUUAUUAUGUACAUAUUUCUUACAUCAGUAAUUUCAUUAGAGUAACCUUUUGUAAACUAAUAAUUCUUCUCAGCUGAAUUGGCUGCUUUCUCCUUUAGUGAAGGGAACUUGAGCCUGAUGUAAGCCAGUUGAGAAUUUGGAAGCCCCUGCUUCAAUGUAUGGUGCCUGUCCAUUGUCACACAGGCUGCAGUUUUGAAGGCGGAAGCAUUGGCGAUGGGCUGAUGGAAACUUUUAUAAGCCCAUCCAGCAUUGUUUUCGACCUGACUCACCAUUCCUUUUUUUGCCCUAUCUUAUUUGACUUUUAUCGUCUGACAAAUUAUCAAUUUCUCACCUAUUUUAAUGGAUAAAGUUUAUAUCGGCCAAUAUUAUGCAAUCUGCCUGUAAUAAAUUAAAUAGAUAUAUUAUUGGAAUUUGUAUGCAAUCUGACAGCUGAAUUGUCUUGCCUACCAAAGUUAUAAUCUUAUCGGCACAAUUCCCAUUGUCGUAUACUUGAACUCCACAACUAACUCCACAAACUUGACUUACUAACACCAUUAAAAACACCUAACAACAUAGAUAACCCUGUACAAUCUUUUACUGAAACUAUACAAAAUACUCUCUUAGAGUCGAAAGAAUAGAGAUCAAUCUCAAAUCCUAACACAACAGAGAUUUCAAGAUUACACAUUUUCACUGACUACAGAGGACAAAUCUGCAAAACCCUUCAACAUCUACCUAAAAAAGCUGUAAUUUUCCUUGCCUACAUUUACAAUUCUGUCCUUAGAAAAACAUACUUCCCAUCCAAUGAAAAUUUUCCCUUGUGCAAAUGAUUCUAAAGCCUAAGAAACAGAAACUUUUAUCAUCCUACCGUCCAAUUAGUCUGUUUCCUAUAACGGAAAAAUCCUGGGAAAAACUCCUGCUUAAACACAUUCUCCACAUCAUUCAUUCUUAUAACCUUAUCUCUGACCACAAGUUUGGGUUCAGAUGUUGUCAUUCCACUGUUAAGUAGUGCCAUCGCAUUGUAGACAUCAUCGCUAUCGCUCUUGAGCAAAAGGAGUGCUGCUCUGGUGUAUUCCUAAAUGUGAAACAAGCCUUCAAUUGAGUAAAGCACUCGGGAAUCCUCUGGAAACUUAAGAAAGUCCUCCCUUUUACCUACUAUCUGAUCCUAAAAUCCUACCUAUCUGACAGAUACUUUCAAGUUAUCUGAGGCCACUCCAUAUUAGCUGGGUAUCACAAGGAAGUGUCUUAGGACCCUGCUCUACACAGUAUAUACCGCAGACGUUCCUACUCUUCCAGAAAUGAUACUACCUAUGCGGAUGAUACUGCCAUCCUUUGCUCCCAUAAAGACCCUGUCAUUUCAACCAGAAACCUACAGAGCCUUGAAGUAGCGACAAGAAGUUUCACAUUUACCCAGUCAUACAAACCCUCUUGUCUAACCUUCCAAAUAAUCCACCCUGAAGGGUAAGUGUCAAUGGCCUCCAGCUCCUAAGUGUCAGUGAAUAACAGUGAAAGUGUUCAUGCUAGUACAUAGGAGUGACUACUAAUGAGUUCUCUUUUUUCUGUUUUAUGUAUAUUUUUUGUUCAUUUUAUUUUGUUUUAUGCUGAAAAUGCUAUAAAAGUUUACUUAAGUGAAGGUGUAAAUAAAUAAA